AUAAAUAGUAGUCGCUGCGGGCUCGGCGAGGACGGCAGGGCAGCGCUGGCCCCGCGCCCACCGCACCCUCCCCAGCGCCCUGACCCGGCUCCUGAGCCUGAGACCUCGGCAGGAUGGAAGAGAAGCUGAAGAAAGCCAAGAUCAUCUUUGUGGUGGGCGGGCCUGGCUCAGGCAAGGGCACCCAGUGCGAGAAGAUUGUGCAGAAGUAUGGCUACACCCACCUCUCCACCGGGGACCUGCUGCGCGCGGAGGUCAGCUCAGGCUCGGCCAGGGGAAAGAAGCUGUCAGAGAUCAUGGAGAAGGGACAGCUGGUGCCGCUGGAGACAGUGCUGGACAUGCUCCGAGAUGCCAUGGUGGCCAAGGUGGAUUCUUCCAAAGGCUUCUUGAUAGAUGGCUACCCCCGGGAGGUGCAGCAGGGAGAGGAGUUCGAGCGGCGGAUUGGACAGCCCACACUGCUGCUGUAUGUGGACGCAGGCCCUGAGACUAUGACGCAGCGGCUCCUUAAGCGUGGGGAGACCAGCGGGCGUGUGGAUGACAAUGAGGAGACCAUCAAGAAGCGGCUGGAGACCUAUUACAAGGCCACCGAGCCUGUCAUCACCUUCUACGAGAAGCGGGGCAUCGUCCGCAAGGUCAAUGCCGAAGGGUCCGUGGACAGCGUCUUCUCGCAGGUGUGCACCCACCUGGAUGCUCUCAAGUAGCUGCGCCAGAGCCCCCUUCCCGCACCCUGCCCUGGCCCUCUCCCGCUCGGCCACCGUGUACAGAGGAGGCUACUUUGUCUAGAGUUGAGCAGGCGCCGAGCACUAAAGGCUUUUCCAAGGACGUGU